CACCAACCGGCAAACUGUCACAACAAUGCACGGUGCGGCUGCUACCAAACCGAUUUCAUAACAACAUUUCUCCAGUGUAUAAAGAAAAAAAGGUAUUGCAUUCAUAAUACAUACAGCUUACUACCUAAUAAAGCUCUAUCAAAAUGCGCCUAACAAUGCUGCUCCAGAAAGUCGGCGAUGUGUCGAACAAGUUCUCCAACUUUCCCGAUUCGUACGUGAAACGUGCGAUGGAACAGGUAUAUUGGAAAACGCCGCGCGGCAAACCCCAGUAUCUACCGCGCACCGUUGAGCGGCGAAAGUUUCGCUUCACGACAAACCGGCCGUGGACGGGCCAAUUUCGGCAGCAAAACAUGCCCGGUACGAUCCGGAAGAAGGUGUUCCUGGAACCGAUCGCUAACUGGAGCUUUUUCCGGGGCGACCGUGUUGAGGUGCUGGUCGGCAAGGACAAAGGCAAACAGGGUAUCGUCAGCCAGGUGAUACAGGAACGCAACUGGGUGAUUGUGAGCGGGCUGAACUGUCACCUGCGAAAGGUGGCGGACGAGAAGGAGUACCCGGGCAUAAUGAUCAAGUCGGAAAGUCCGCUGCUCGUCACCAAUCAGGUGCAGCUGGUCGAUCCGUCCGAUUUGCAGGCGACCGGGAUCGAGUGGCGCUACACGGAGGACGGCGAGAAGGUGCGCGUGUCGACGCGUACCGGCCGCAUCAUUCCGAUUCCGAAAACGAACGACGAAACGAACGAUUACAAGACGAAGGGCACGUACAUCGAGCGGGAAAAGGAUACGCCGGCGGAUGUGGUGAAGGAGAUUUCGUUCCAGCCCGCCCUGUGCACGUUCGAGAUGGACAUUAUGCAGCAGCAGGGCAUCGAGGAGGACCGGGUGCCGCUCAAAACGUACUGGUACUAGUGUUGGGAGCCGCGUUAUGUUUAAAAAUUUAUUCGUAGAGCCAAAAAGAAAGGAAAACCCGUAAAAUACACCAAAAACCAAGUGGUCGUAAAAGUGCGUCUCAUUCUAUCGCCUUUUGCGGCUGUCGGA